UUGAGUUUUUCAGAUGGAGUUUUACAUUAGUGAACUUCCAGGGUGGAUAAAAAAGCAUUACAUUAAGCGGAUUGAGUCAGUGCAACUUCGUAGUUACAAGGAGGCUAGUUCCACAGUUAAGACGAUCCUACGCAAAUCAACAUGAAGACUCUGGCUAUUUUAGCGGUUUUGAUAGCCGUCGUUACUUCUGCCAAUGUCGAUUCACCUAGAAUCCGGUCCAGCUUUAGCGAUGUUCCCAUCGCACCAAUUCCUUCGAAUAGAGCUGUUACUACUGUACGCACCACCACCACGCUAACCACUACUAUAACAACCCUAAUUACUAAAUUGACUACACUCAUAGUCAGAGAAACAACAACCAUUCCAACCACUAAAACGUCAACUUUUACAGAACGCCCUAUGACCACCAUUACAAGUACAACUAUAGUACCCACAACAAAGUUCAUUACUACAACCCUGCGUCCUGCCACCACAAUUAGUACAACAAUAACCGUCCCUACCACAAAGACACUAACUUCUACCACACGUCCUUUAACUUCCACCACAACCACUCUAACGAUCCCCGUAACAACUAUCAUAACUGAAACAACAACGUCAGAGAUUACGUUUACAGACACGGUAACUAGUUUCACAACUACAACGGUGUUUCCUACAACAACAGUCGACCCUACCGCUACUUCUCCGGUUGAGCCCACGGUGGAUCCCACUACUGAUCCUAAUUUUACAGAUGCACCUUGUGAAUGUGAAUGUACUACGGAUGGGAUAACAGACAUGCCGACGGACACACCUACUGUUGAACCAUCGAUCAGAAUGCAAUUUAUGGUCACUGAUUCUUAUUAUUAAUGUCGACGACUAUUUCUAGUUUUUUUUUCUAUCUACUGGGGUCUUAAAAUUUCAACUCUAAUUAUCUAACAUUUUUAACAUCGGUGAUUGGCAAUAAAUUACUGCAACGGGA